UUGAUGGUUGUCCAAUCACAUUAAGUUAAGCAAUCCAUUGAAAGGAAACAGAUUGAUAAAAUAAAAUGUAACAUUGUCAUUUUUUGAAUUUUAUUUUAUUCCAGCAUUUUAUUAAUACUAGAUUAUUUUUAGCUGAAAUUUUAGCAUUUUGCCUAAAUGUACAACGUUAGUACUAGAUGUCAACUAAUAUAUUUACUUUCUGACUAAUGUCCUUAUCAAUCAGAAAGUAAAAAAUUAGUUGACCUCCAAUACUAAUCUUUUCCCAAAUAUCUUCUUGUCCUUUUGAAUUGUACAGGGUUUUUGCUAAAUACACAGUGUGAAUGUGUACACUGAAGGAAAUGGGGAUUAUGAAGGAAUGUGCUGAUUAUAUGUUGGAACAAGUAAACCUGUUGUUAUGAAUCAGGAAAAUAAUUCUAGAGAAUGCUCCAUGAGGCCCUGCUGCUGAAGGCUGUGACACACACACACACGGACACACACACGGACACCCUCAUUUGUUUGACCCUAAUAAGAGAAACAAUGUAGUCCUUCUUUAUGGAAGGGCUCCAGUCGCCAUGAAUAUUAGUUUUUGGACUGUAGCGGGGAUCAAAAAUAAACACACACUCUCCCACACACCCACACACACUCCUCAUUUGUUUCUGUUUCCUGCCUCCACAGCUGCUCUGACCCUUCCCUUCCUCCCCUCUGUCGGUUUUCCCGGGUCUCCUCAGCCCAAUCCACUUCUUUUCUCUCCCGUCCUCCCUGCAGUCACACUUCUGAGUGUGUGUUUGUGAGCGUUUUUGAGUGAACGAUGUGUUGUUCAGUAGGUUUUGCCCGGUCCCUGGGCCUGGCCCUGCUGCCUCUGGCCCUCUGCUGCAUCAUUGCCAACCUUCUGCUGCUGUUUCCUAUGGGGGAAAUCACGUGCAUCCAGCAGGAUCGACUGGCCAGUUAUAUCUGGUACUUUGGUGGACUUGGCGGUGGAGGACUUCUGAUGCUGGUUCCAGCUGUUGUCUUCAUCACACUGGGCAAAUGUGGCUGCUGUUGGAAUCAGAGUUUGAUGAUGUGUGGGUCGGUGCUGGCAGCUGUGAUCGGCCUCUUGGGGUCGGGCUACUGUUUCGUCAUGUCAGGCUUUGCCCUGAUGCAGGGUCCACAGUGCUACACUAACUAUGGAUGGUCCUAUCCCUUUGCAGACCACGCGGGCAGGUAUCUGCUGCAGCCUGAGACCUGGACCCGCUGUCUUCAGCCUCUUCACAUUGUAGAGUGGAAUGUGACUCUGCUGUGUGUUCUUCUGGGUUUGGCUGUGCUGGAGUUCAUCCUCUGUCUCCUACAGCUGGGAAAUGGUUUAGUCAAUGCUGUCUGUCGGCCUUGCUGCUAUAAGCAGGAGUAUAGUUUAAAUGCGUAGACCAACUAGCAUUAGCGCCAACACACUGUAUGGGCACAUUACAAAAAAGAGCCUUAUUUCUUCUCACACCGGGUAUGUAUGUGAGUCCAAGACAGUGAUAUAAAACUGGACCGGCAUUUUGGCCUGACAGGUAUGUCAGUGUGACAGAAUUACACUUCAUGAACUAGUGACACCAGGCAAUUGUCCGUAAUAUUUGUUUGCAUGCUUCUCUGGGUGUGUGUUUCUGUCUAAGUAUAAAGAGACGUCUCAAAAGAUUAAAUUUAAUCGGCCCUGGGUUUAAAAAGAAACAUUAGGGAUUAUCGUACAUGUGUUUUCUUCUAAUCUCUAAAAACAAAUCCUUAUGCCCACAUCAUGCUUACGUCUUGUGUUGGCAUGUUGUGAUGUCCACAACAGUAACAAUAUCUAUGUGGGCUCCAUUGUUGCUAGGUAACAAAUGUUGAAUUAUCGCUACAGUGAACUGGAAUUAUUGGUUUUCAAACAUUAUAGAACAAAAUUAUUGUGUACCUCCUUUUUACUCGGACGUGGCUUAAGACAAUUUGUUUUAAUGACACAAUGCAUAUUUAAACAUUAGGUGCGGCGCACUAGUCAUUUCCGUAGUGCGUCACCAUGUUCAUCUUCGUGUGUGAUGAUGAUAAUGCGUUACAUAUCAUAUACCAGGAAACACUAAUUGGCUCCACCAUCCCUUCAGUUGUUUUUGUCAAGUGCUGCCUUCAAGGUUUGUAGGGUGGGUCAUCUGCUUAUGUCUCACAGUUGCUUUGUCGUCAUGUGCCUUUUCAGAUGUGUCUCUCCAGGUUGAAUAUCCCCAUUGGGAGCUCUGUCUCCAUCAUCUUUGAUCUCUCUUAGGUAUCUCUCUUCAUGUCCAAACCAUUUCACACUGACCACUAAACCACAGCCUGUCUCUUGGAUGCACUCAUUUUUGAUCCUAUCUUUCAUGCUUGUUUCUAUACCAUACAUCACAGCAGGUUGUAUUUUGGAUUAGAUUGCAAAUAUAAAUGCACAU